CAUGUGUGCGCCGCGUUUUCCGUCUUCAGUCAACCGUUUUCCGUCAGCAGUCGCGCGAGUUAUCGGUUACCGUCAGUCCGCCGUUUACGCCGUUUUCGGGCAUUGCGUCUCUCGCGACACGUCGGGUAGUGUUUUCCUCGGACGAAAUAGUGCCGUCGCGGUAUGAAUAAGUGAACGGUGUUUUUUUUAUUCGAGCCGGAAAAUGUUGGGAGUUUUCAAAAAACGYUGGAAGCCCAAAAACAGGGUUACGAAAAACGAAAAUGGCGAUGAUCUGAUGUUGAGUUGUGGCAACGAAUACUCCGAACCGAUCAAUGCUUACGUGCUUCCGGACUCUCGCAUCGCCAAAUUAUGUUCGACCAGACAAAUGUUUCCGGUGUGUGAUAAUAACUCACAUUAUUCAGUAACAUACGAAACAUUAAAGCCGGUCUUAGUGUCGUCAGAUACGGCAUCUGUAGGAUAUGGAAAACAGGAAAAUGUGCCGCCACCUAUUGGUGGAGCUUCCGGGAAAAUGUCGACCAUAAACGGCAGAAAUACAACUACCCCUAAUAUUUGUAUCGAGGGUGGCCGCAUUGAAUUCGUGAAGUCUCCAAUAGAUUGCGGUGAUGAAAAACAGGACUACUUGAAGGAGUAUAUGGAAGCAAAAAUCGUGCAACUAGAAUCUGAAUUGGUCGCGGAACGGCGAAUUACGCAGAGGGAGAGGACGCUAAACUCCAAGCUUCAAAAACAAUUAGCUCGGCGUGAGUGGCUGCAGAGGGAUGUGGACAGAGAGAGAAGACUGCGUUUGGACACGGAGGCGAGACUCAAGGGUUCCAGUUCCGAAGCAGACAGAUGCCGUGUCAAGCUGUCGACUCUGCAAAAAGACUUUACCAAAAUGGAAGAAACCGUACGGUCAUUGCUUCAAUACAAAUCCAAGUUUGAGCAAUUGAAACAAGACCGACAUUCUGUGGCAAACUCCUACGAAAAUCAAAUCCUGCAACUCCAAAACGCAAUCACCAAACUCAAGAUUGAAAACGAAACGUUGAAAAAGCAGAUCGACACUCUCGAAGCAACGGGCAUCAGCCAAGUACAAAAGGCGCUUGUCGAACGGCUCCGGAUAUUGGAACACGAGAAAAACCGCAUCGAACGCGAGGGUGAACAACAGCGCAAACAGUACGAGAGGUGUCUAGACGACGUGGCCAAACAGGUGGUCAAAGCGGUCCUGUCACAAAAAGGUCUGCGCGAAGAGAUAUCCUCACUCCAGCACCGUGUCAAAGAGCUCGAGGCCGGAAACUGCGCACUAUCCACACUUCUGGUGCAACGGCUCCAGGGCCAGAAGAUUAACUAUUCACCGAACACAAUGCCGGUAGCCGAGAGUCGAUCGGUCAUGUUCGACAUCCAUCGGUCGCCGUCCGUGAAAAUGGCUAUUGAGCGACCGGCGAGUUGCGAYCUCACCAAGGGGCUGAAGAGAUUAAAAAAUGACGGAUGGCAGACGGCCGUGUCGUACCACCGACCGCAGUCGUUGAAUCUAGAGAUUUGUUGCUCGCACAACGUUGAAGAUUCGACGAAAUGCGACAGAGUUCUCGGUGACGAGACGCCUGAGAGUGGUAACCGAGACGAAGGGUAUUCGACCAUGUCAAGCGACGUGCAAGGCACGACCGAACCUCCGUCCACUAAAGGAUUGGAAGACGUGAAGGAAGCCAACGAGAACGAAUCGAACGUGCUCAUGGAAUCGUCGCCGUGUUCCAGGGUGAUGAACAGCGAGGACACGGAUGUGAUAUUCGUGCCACUCAGCCUUUCGUUCAGCUUCAUCAACCCACGUCACAGUUAUCCACCGCUGCGAUGCAUGCCGGCGAUGCACAACAUCAUGCGCAGCUACUCGGACUCGCAUCUUUUUCUUAAGCUGGCCGCGGCCACGGGUGGCUUCGCCGAGGACGAAGACCGGACGUCGUGGUACAGCGGUGGCGAGCUUUGGGACAUGGACUAUGUGCAGCACUGGCUCCGGUUGGACGAGACGCGCACCGCCAUCCAGCAACGGAUGGAGUACGACGCGGCCGAGCUGGAAGACUGGAGUAUGGACGACGGCACUGGGACGGCGACUGCGUGGAAGCGGAUGUCGGCGGUGGACGGAAAACUGCAACAGUCGUUGCCGUGCAUCGAAGAAGACGACCCUACCGGCUCGUCGUCGACAUCCUGUGGCCGUAAAGGUGACCUACUACAAGACAUUGGAUCGACCAGAGACAUGUCGUGGUGUCACUUCCAGCAGCACCACCACCACCACCAUCACCAUCACCACCAACAACAGCAACAACCACAUCAACACCAACAACACCCCUAYGCACAGCCGGGCCAAAUCCACAAUCAACACCAGCACGACUGUCAGCAGCAGCAACAACACAACCACCACAACCACCACCAUCACCCUUACCAUCACCUUCACCAACACCASAACCAGCACCAGCAGUCGUCUUUCGGUUCAGGUUCACCGGGUGGUGACUCGUGGUCGAGUGCGGACGAGUACGCGGCAGCCGACACACCACCGUCCAAGAGGUCGUCGGUCAGCUGCUCCGCUGACAGCAUCGAACUGCUUCCACCACCUGGCCCGAUCGUCGGCACCGAUUUCACUCGUGACUUUUACCGACUGGUCAAGUUCGAAAGCUCCAAAAGCCUGGCGUCCACCUCGUCACGGAGCGUAACGGGCGGAGGAUGCGACCACGGGACGCCGCCGGCGGUCGAGGCGCAGUCGGACCGCGACCAGGCCCUGCAGAGCGUGCUGGACUUCAUCGCCGAACAGCAACAGUACUGCUUGUCGCGGCAGGCCGAAGACAAACGAGAGCCACCGCGAGUGCCGUCRCCUGUGGUCCAAGACGAGGAUUGCCAUCACCAACCGGUGACCGAUGUCGGGCCUCAGACACCGCCACCACUACCCACCGUGCCGACGUCCAAUCCGACGCCACCGGUUGCGCUGCUGGUGGCGCAUCAGACGUACGACAGCAACAGCUGCAGCGACAACCUGCUCAACUCCAAGGACAGCGGGCUGUGCGGCAGCGACGUGGAGAUCGAGUGUCUGCCCGAGGACUGCAGUUACGUGGCCGACCAAUCGCCGACGGCCGCGUCCACGCCGCUGUCCACGCUGCUUAGGACCGUGGUGGAGGAAGACGAAGAGGCGUCAGCCAAGUCGACGUCACCGCAGCCACCGUCGUCGUCCGUCUGCGGUGGCGGUUCGAGCAGUGGAUGUACGGCCGACACCACGGUGUGCAUGGUCACCGCGUGGGCGGCCGCGUCGUCCAAGGAUCUGAUCGACCAAUUGAACUGGAUGGACGGUUGCGGCGGAGCACACGCCCACUUCGGCACGUCACCCGAGGACGAUGACGUCGUCGAACGUCGCUCUCCGUCGUCGUCGCCCGACCUGGACGAGGCGUGCUGUUGUCCCACCGGGUGGGUGCACGUCGAACGAGACAUCGACUUCGCCGACCCAAAGGAACGAGCCAACCUGUUGGACGUCAUGUUGGCGUCCAGCCGGAGUUCAUCGAGCAGCACGAGCAGCGCGUCGACGGGCGAGGACGACGACGAUGACAGCAGCUGCAGCAGUGGCGUCAGUGGCGGGAGUUGCAGUGGCGAGAGCUGCAGCGGCAGAGCCAGCGGUGACUGCAACGGCACGACCGAUGAUAGUAGCGACGACGAACGUGAGCCGACCAACGACGACGUUACUCGAAUGGUCGGCAGACGGCCGACUGCCGAGGCUGGUAUCGAUGCGACUAACGAGGAAUCGUACAAUCGUCUGCACAAGUUGCACCGGGUGCGCAGACAGAAAAAAGCGUCCGCCAUCCGCGACGGUUUCGGCGUGCUCCGGUGCCCGACAGCGGGACUCCGACAGUCGAUCGUGGGCCGCAGCGACUUCUUCGUCCGGUUCGGCGACAAGGAGCGAGAGGCCAUCUCCAACUUUGACUUCCUUGACGACCUGUCCACCACGUCGCUGAGCACCGACUCGAGCGACCGCCCGCCGUCGCCCCGCCGGCCGGCCGCGUCCACCUCGGCCGCAGCCACCAACCGCCACGGCAAAUACUACUCGUACACGUGUUCCUCGUCGGCCACCGCGGCGGCCGCAAACGCCGCAAUGCCCGGCCACCGGCGGCCGUCCACGUCGUCGUCGGUGCUGCCCGCCGACUGCCGCCGGCAACGGCGCCGCCGCUACUCCGGCCUGUCGCUGAGCGAUUCGUGCGGCGACUCGGACUGAGAUUUUACCCACACCAUCCAUCCAAUGAUAAUCGGAGGUUGCAACGAUAUUAAAA